AUGGAUCAAACCGACUACCAACAGCUUCCUGAAUCACCCAAUGACUAUAGUAGUCCAUUUCACAAAACAAGUCAUAAAAAUUCGGUUGUAAAAUCAUCUAAUGGUUUAAGUAAUGGAAUAUCUAAUGGCCAUUAUCAAAACGGUACGGUUAACCAAGGUGCUAUGGAACUACAGAAAAUAACCAGGCCAGAAAAUGGCCAUGAUGAGGCUCAGAAACAGACUGAUCGCUCUGCUUUAAUUGAGGCACCCGAUUUCAUAAAUUUACGGCAAAUAUCUGAUUACUCAGAGUUUGCUGCGCCCAGGCUGCAGGACAUCAAAAUUGAAUUUGAAAUAGUUACCCAAUUAUUCGCUGAUGGUUUAUUAAAUCAUUUAGUCUUGGUCAAGAUUUCUAUUUAA